AUGUCUUUUGUAUCUUCUCGUAAUUUUAGUUACGCCUCUACCAACACGUUGGACCAUCAGUGGGAUCCCAGGCAAGUGCUUGGUCUACAUGUUUGGGGUCGGUGCGUCGGCCAGGCUUCAUCUACUAGAGAUGGCACAUGCCGCAACCCCAUCAACAAGAGCAACAUGCGCCUCUUUGAACGCAUCGUCACUGAGCUUUCUUCGCAACCCCUUGACGCCACUCUCUUGCGCCCCAAGCUUGAACAUCUCGCCUAUCGAGGACUCUGUCUUCAAAAUCACCAGGACCAGAUAGAGGACAUGGUGAAAGAGUGGACG